AAUUGCGAAUGUUAUAAACUAUGGGUAAAAUUUUUGGAACAUCAAUGGAAAAUACAACAAAAUAAUUACAAAUUAUUCCAGGAUAACAAAGAAGACAAUAAUAAACUUCCUUUAAGUCAUUAUUUAUUCGCUAGAUGUUGGAAAGAAUAUUUUGGUAAAAAUUUAUCAGAAAUAACGUCUAAUGAUUUCUAUAGUAAACAUGGUCCUCUUAUCGAUUUUUCAAUAGAAAGAUGUGGCCAAGAUAAAGAUAAAGCAAAAACAAAAUUUGAAGAAAAAAUCCAUCACUCAAAAAUUAAAACUAAACAAUGUGAUGCAAGAGAAAGACAAUGUAAAGCAGAACAACGAAUUGACAGUAAUUGUGAUGGAAUUGACAGUUCAUUUAACGGUUGUUGGAGGAAAACAUAUGAUGAUAUAGAUAAAAAAAAUAAUAAUAACGAGACAGUAAAAAAAUGGUUAUGUGAAGACAAUAGGGCACAUCUAAAUACUGGAGCAUGUGUCCCUCCGAGAACGCAACCAUUAUGUGUAGCAAACAUGGUAAAUUCAUGGGGGAAUAUAGUGACGGAUUUGUCGACCAAGGAUAAUUUGAAAAAAGAAUUAAAAAGAGCAAUGAAAAAAGAAAUAGAAAAUAUAUACGAUUAUUAUAAUGAAGGAAAGGCAAUCAUAUCAAAAGGGCCUGAUGGAAAAAAGGGUCCUCCUGAUAAAAAUGGUAUGCCAAAAAGUUUUUGUCAUGCAGCAGAAAGAACAUAUAAUGAUUUUAAACAUAUGGUGAUAGGUGAUAUUCCGUGGAAACCAGGAAGUUUUUCACAAAUACAUGAGAAAAUUAAACAGAUAAUUGAAGAACAAGAAAACAAAAAAAAAAACAAAACUACUAAUUCGAACAAAACACCUGAGGAAUGGUGGAACGAACAUGAAUACGAGUUCUGGGAAGCUAUCAAAUGUGGGAUACAAAACAGUGGUAAAGCCACUAAAGCCACUGGCGAGGAGUGUGGAUAUCACCCUCCUUCCGAUACCGAUGAUCCAUUUGAUUGGUGGUUCAAGGAAUGGGGCCAACAGUUUUGCAUCGAGCGGCAAAAACAUAUAACACAAAUUAACGAGAAAUGUAGUUCGUCGGCAAGUAUUAAGUGUGAUAAUGUUAGUGGUACAAAAUCAUUGAAACGGGAAUGUCAAGAAAAAUGCGAAAAAUACAAAACAUUUAUUCAACAAAAUCGUGAUGCUUGGAAUAAACAAAAAUCUAAAUAUGAGAGAGAACAUCCAGGAAAAUUCGCCCAAGAAUUAUUAGGACUUAGUUAUCCCGAAUGUGUAGGUACCAAUUUUGAAACAAUAUUUGGCACCAGUGGUACCACCACUAGUGGUGUAAAACCAAGUGCUAGUGGUACCACCACUGGUUAUGGCGAUGCUAGCGAUAUAUGUUCGUGCGACGAACAAACAUAUAAAUGUGAAAAUAAUACAUCUACAUGUAAAGAGAAAAGUGGUGAUCUAACUACUUGGCGUACCGGUUUAUUAAAAAUUGGAAAAGAUGGAAAACAAUUGCAAGGUGUGUACGCUCCUCCGCGACGUCAAAAAUUAUGUUUAGCAAAUUUACAUCCAAUAAAUUUUGGAAAUGGCGCAGAUAUCGAAAUUAACAAAAACGACAUAUUGAAUAGAUUACAAAUAGUUGCGGAACGGGAAGCAUAUUUUUUAUGGAAACACUAUCAUCCAAAUAGUAGCACUAG